AUCAAUAAGAUAAACAAACUAACUUACAUAUAAAAAAAACAUUCAAUAAUGACUUCCACAACUGUUUUCGUUUCUGGUGCUAAUGGUUUCAUUGCCCAACAUAUUGUCAAACAAUUACUUGCCAAGGGAUAUACUGUCAUUGGUUCGGUUAGAUCACAUGAAAAGGGUGAACAAUUGAAACAAUUAAUCAAUAAUGAUCAAUUCUCUUACGAAAUUGUUUCCUCCCUUAUUGAUAAAGAUGCUUUUGUUGAUGUUCUUAAGAAACACCCUGAAAUUACUGUUUUCUUGCAUGCAGCCUCCCCAGUUUCAUUUUCUGUUGAAGACAUUGAAAAUGAUUUAUUGAAGCCUGCUAUUGAAGGUACAACCAAUGCCCUUAAUGCCAUUAAAGAAUAUGGUCCACAAAUCAAGAAAGUUGUUUUAACUGCUUCUGCUGUUAACAUCUUUGGUUUUGGUCCUCAUUUCGAUGCUGACCAAGUUUAUUCUGAAGAUGUUUGGAAUCCAAUUACUUAUGAAGAAAGUUUAGCAAAUGGAUUCUUUGGUUAUCUCGGUUCAAAGAAAUAUGCUGAGUUGGCUGCUCGUGAUUUUGUCGCUAAGGAAAAGGUCAAUUUUGAUAUUUCGUUUGUCAACCCACCUUAUGUGUUUGGUCCUCAAGCUUAUGUUGUUAAAGAUAAGGCUAAUUUAAAUCUUUCUAAUGAAGUUGUGAAUUCCGUUGUUAAGUUAACCAAAGGUGAUUCCAUUCCUGCUGAAGGUAGUGUCUUUGUUGAUGUUAGAGAUGUUGCUCGUGCUCAUAUAGUUGCUUUUGAAAAUGAUGCUGCUGCUCUGCAAAGAUUAUUCACAGCUUCUUCAAGAUAUACUCUUGAUACUAUUGCUAACAUUAUUAACAAGAAGUUUCCUGAUACAACUGUUCCAAAGGGUGAUGAAUCCAGAAAUGAAGAGAUUUACAAGUCUAUUCAUAAAUUUGAUAAUGAAAAAACUAAUAAGAUACUUGGAUUUGAAUAUAUAACCCUUGAAGAAUCUGUGUCUGAUAUUGUUGAUCAAAUUUAUAAUGUUUAGGUAGAGU